UGUUUUUAAAUUGAAUACACUACGUGAUUCUCUCUCUCACAAACACCGAGUUUGAAUCGCUUAUUCACACAAUCCCUACUAUUCCUCUCACACCUAUACUCAAAUCAUUCGAUUUCAAUUCUGAACCAUAUCAGAAAUGAAGCUGCGCCUCUGCGAGCUCUGCAAUGCGAACGCCGCCGUCUUCUGCCCCUCCGACGCCGCAUUCCUCUGCCGGAAUUGCGACGUUAAAGUCCACCAGGCGAACUUCCUCGUAGCGCGCCACGUCCGCCGCGCCGUCUGCUCCAAUUGCAGGAGCUUCACCGGCACCGGCGUAGGCGUAGGCGUAGACUCUCUCUGUCCUUCCUGUGACGAGGACGAUCUCGGAUCUCUAUCGUCCACCAGCAGCAGCGCCAACAAAGUAUACUCCGGCGACUCCUCAUCCUCCUCUUGCGGAAGGAAGAGGAGGUUGGUGAAUGCGGAGAGCGUUUUCAACAACUGGUGCCGUAAGCUAGGGAUCGAGGAGAGAUGGGCAGCAGGGGAGGUGUGCAGAGCGAUGAAGACGUGCACCGGUCGGCUGCCGUUGCGGGUGUGCUUGGCGGCGUCGAUGUGGCUAGGCCUAGGCCUCCAAAAAACGCCACGGAUUUUGAGGCGCUUGCAGGAGAUCUCAGGCGUUCCAGCCAAGAUUAUACUAGCCGCCGCAUCCAAAUUCGAUCGACGCCGCCCUCAGCCUCAGCUCGAAGAAGGAUGGGCUGAGAGCUAGAGCUACCUUUUUUAUUUCCGCCCAACCCAAUAUUACUAUUUGUUUAAGCUUUCUGUUUUUUUUUCUUGAAUUAUUUACUCCUUAAUUCCAAUGAAUCCGAUCAUUUUGAUGUGCAACUAAUUACUACUCCCUCUAUAAUAGGAGUAGGAGAGUAUUUGUCUGGACUGAA